GCUGAGAUCGAAAUUGGAUGCACUUGGAUUAUGAAACAAGUUCUACAACAAAGAGGGGUCAUAGUUAAUAUUCAGAGCUUGUGGGAGCAUAUGUGUAGCAAAGGUAAGUUUAAAAUUAAAUUUGUUUAUACUGAACUGAGAAAAGAUGACACUGUUACAUCGUGGAGUAUUCUGAUGCUAAACAAUGUUGUGCGUCUGACAACUUUGUUGACCAUGUGGCUUGCUUGCCAUAAGAAGCCUGCCACUAAGGAUAUGCUUUUCAAAUUUGGGAUGAUUGAUAACACUUUCUGCAUUUUCUGUAAUAAGGAGGAGUCUAUUAACCAUCUUUUCUUCGAUUGUGAGGAGUUGAAGCAUAUUUGGUGUAAUGUGCUAAAUUGGAUCCAUCUUAAGCAUACUCCAAAAAAGUGGAAUUAG